CAAGAGAUGGUUUCUGAAGGUGCUCAUCCUGAUAUUGUGACCUACAAAAUUUUGCUGGAUGGGUUGUGUGACAAGGGAGAACUAGAAAUGGCACUCAAUGCUAGUAAGGUCAAUGAUGCUUGGGAUCUAUUAUGUAGCCUCCCUCUCAGAGGAGUGAAGCCUAAUGUCAUAACGCACAAUAUAAUGAUUGGAGGAUUAUGUAAGAAAGGGUCACUGUCUAAAGCUGAUAUGUUGUUUAGAAAGAUGGGAGAGGAUGGGAUUGCGCCAGAUGAUUGUACGUACAACAUACUAAUCCGGGCACAUCUUCGAGGUGGUGAGUUAACCACAUCAGCAGAACUUAUAGAAGAAAUGAAGAGUUGUGGGUUCUCAGCAGAUGCUUCCACUGUUAAGAUGGUGAUGGAUAUGUUAUCGAGCCGUGAAUUGGACAAAAGCUUUUUGAAUAUGCUUUCUUAGUGGGUUUGUUGUUUUGUCUAUUGUUUCUGAGAGUUGAAAA